GCCUAUCUAACCUAGUGUGUAACAAAGUAAUCCCAUUUAUACUACAUCACAGCUAUAUUUUAGAUGGUAAAGGGUGUAACACAAGUAACUGUAUUUAUAUAAGUAUUCCGCCCAGCCUUAGGCAGAGGUAGUGAGAGUUUUCAAUUGUCUGAACCGCAGUGUCAACCCAUCCAAAUAUGCUCCCAAUCUCUCCAAACACGCUCGCCUACGAGGGCACGGCGUUAGACGCCCUCGAAGAGUUAGCCAAAGCAAAAACCUACGUUGAGCUACUCCAUGUGACGCAUUCUUUAUGGUGUGGUAGUUCAUGCUCCCGAGACAUCGAAUGCAAAUUCCUUCAUUAUAAGAUGACGAAGCCCAAGGCCCCUAAGGAGCCAGAUCCGUUCUUGAACCAUCGCUAUAACAAGUGCACAGCUAAAUACUUUACUCUCAUGGGCGGCGAGGGUUAUGAGCCGGGCUUCCCGCAGGAGCAUCGAGUGAACUUUUGGCUUGCUCUGGAAUCCGCCCUGCGUCGAAUUGACGGAACCCGUGAGCAAGGCGACAAGUUCCUGUUUUGCGACUAUACGGACUGGACGAAGAAGCAGAAUGUCUCGGCUAGGCAGGUAGCCCAAUGCCUGUGCCGGGAUAUCAUCCAGUGGAUGGCCAUCUGGACCGGCAUCGAUCUCAAGACUUCCCCUCUCGAGAUGUGGCUUACAGCCAUGAUCACCUCUCCCGACGACUUUUGCAUACCCCCCCUCGACGUCGUCCACGGCAAGUUCCGGUUAUACGGACGUUCUCUCCGCGACCUCGUGCAGGCGAUGGUCGGCGCGAACUGGGGCCGGGACGCAACCCACGUCCUGCUGGGGUUCGUCCGGCAGCUGCUCUUCCAGUACGUCGAAAAGGCCGAGUUCGAAGGCACGGUGAACGGCGCGGCUGGCAUCCACGCCCAGACGGGCCGGGAUGCGGACUCGGUGUGGGACAGCGUCGUGCUCCGCACGCACACGGCCGGCACCUACGCGUGCAUGAUCAUCGUCUCCCGGAUGGCUGGCCUGGGCCCGCUGGACGAGCGCUGGGUCCUCGGCAGCUCGGCGAAUUCCUGCGUCGCCAUGGACUUGGCUAAGUCGGCCGCGCGGAUCUACCACGUGGACAACCACCAGCCGACGCUCAGCUUCGGGGGGCAGGGUAAAGACAAAAGUACGCAGCAGCAGCAGGAGCAGGAGCAGCCGACUCCUGGUGAGAGGAGGCGCAAAGUCGGGUAUCAUUCCGUGUAUCUGGACAUGAUGGACGACCUGGUCGACGCUGGCUGCCCAGAGCUCCUGCUGCACGUCGCCGGGACUUUCCUCGGCGUGCAGCUGGUUCACCGGUACUGGGAGCGUAGCUUGGGCUACCGGAUCCCGAUCCACCGGGCCAUGGCCAAUGCUAUACGUAGCAUUUAUGGCGACGACCCAACUGAUGCGCGACUGGAUGGUCUCUUUCGCUUGCGCCAGCUGGUGAGCAACCGUGAGGGUGGACAGAAGGCCGGGGCUGAGCCUACGCUCUGUCCGGAUCUGCUGGCUGCGUGCUUGGAACGCCAGCGCCAGCGGGAGUCUGCGUGGAAGGCUAACCGCGCCGAUACUUGUACGGAUUGUACGGCACCAGUUCGUGAUUCAAAUGACUUCCUACCAGAUGCCGCCGAGUGGAUUUCAGAUGUUCAUCGGUUGUCGCAGCAGGCAGACAACCCUCAAGAAUUGCAAAAGCUGUUAACCUCUCUUGAGGUUACCAACUCGACACCGUUAUCUAUCGGCCAGUUAAAUGCGGUUGGUUCGCAGGACGAUAUUUGGGCUCUGUGCAUGGCGUGCAAGGUCGACUGCUGCGAGAACUGCGAAUGGCUGGCAUUCGCUAAGUAUAUCUGGAAACAGUUUUGUUGUUCUUCCUCUAGCUUCGCUUAAGGAGAUAUCGACAGCCAUAAUCCGACAGUCGUAUCAAUAAGAGAAAUAAGGGUUCGAAAUUAAGCUCAUAGUGGAACUAGGUUUGCAUGUCCGCAAGCUCGGUUGAGGUAAGUGUUAAGAACGUUUUCCGUUUACGACUUAAUGACGCUUUCGUUUACUUGUCAUCACGGGGAGGACGGCUUUCGUUAUUGGAUCAUAAGCUA